AUGGACAGGAAAGUGCUUGCUCAGAGGAAGCAACCGGUCAGGAGGAUGUGAAACUCAUCUGGGGCUUCUGGAUCCCCAAGGGCCCUUUCCUAACUCUGAGACUUCCUCAGGGAGGCUGUCACGGACUCACACACCCUUUGCUGUGCCGGCAGCAGUGCCCACAGCAGACAGAGGGCUCAGCAGCACUGAAGCCCCCAUCAGAGCUCCAGAGCACCGAAAUGGGGCAGAGCUUCUGGGAGCAGCUCCAUCUGGUCCUCGCCCUCCUGCUCCUGAACCUGGGGUCUGCUGUGACUGGAGAUGCCCAUCACAGCUGCUAUGGGGUUCCAGGCCUGCCAGGUAUGCCAGGUCUGCCAGGCAAGGAUGGCCGGGAUGGGCUGAAGGGAGCCAAAGGCGAGCCAGGAAUCCCGGCCACUCCUGCAACGCGAGGGCCCAAGGGCAUGAAAGGGGAGCCAGGCAGCCCUGGCUUGCCAGGCAAGAAUGGCCCCAUGGGUCCCCCUGGUGUCCCUGGAGCCCCUGGAGCCCCUGGCAUGGCUGGAGAGCCGGGAAUGCCGGGCAGCUACAAGCAGAAGCACCAGUCAGCAUUUUCAGUGACGAGGCAGACCGGUGAGCACCCCUUGAAGAACAUCCCCGUGGUGUUCAACCACAUCAUCACCAACACCAACCACGACUACAACACCACCACGGGCAAGUUCACCUGCAGGAUCCCCGGCCUCUACUACUUUGUCUUCCACACCUCGCAGACAGCCAACCUCUGUGUCAUCCUGCACAAGGAUGAGCUCAGGAUGGCCAGCUUCUGUGACCACAAGACCAACAGCAUGCAGGUCAGCUCUGGUGGGAUCCUCCUCCACCUGGACGCUGGGAACCAGGUCUGGCUGACAGUGAAUGACUACAAUGGCAUGGUGGGCAUCGGCAACUCUGACAGCAUCUUCUCUGGCUUCCUGCUUUUCCCGGACUAGAGGACCACCAGAGCCCACCCCAGCAUGCUGGCCUCUUCGCCCUGCCCUGCAAACACUGCUGCUCGUGCCAGGCCUUUGCUGAUGCUCCAGGUUUCUCUGCUGGCUGGGAAGCCCCAGGGAAGAGGUCAGCCCUAGCCCCAGACACAAUGGCCUGGCCUGGGGACCGCGCACAGGCAGCUGCUGAAUGGGGCAAACAGGCACAUCUGGAUGCAUCUGCACCCAGA